GUCAUAUCUCUCCACCUACCGCGUUGUCAGCGUUGAGUGCGCACUUAUUCAACACCACUAUACCAUACCAUCAUCCAGGGACCCAUCUGAAAUGCUGUUUUCGAUUGUACGAAGCCCCGUGGCCCUCGAACCACCCCGACACGUGCCCGAAAAGUGCGGAAAACAUGGCCACAAGCAGAUGACCUACUGGAGGAACGAGCGCAGACCGCCCUUAGCGAAUGGCAACGGAGUUUUAACACUAUUGGUGCUCCCUCUUCCUGCCCUUCUUAUAUUUUAGCGAUUUUUUUUCGUCCCUCCCCAGCGCUGACAAUGGCAAGGAUCAGCACUGUGUGAUCUUGGACAGAGCGACGCGAACGUCUAUGCAGAUGGCCCUGACGGAUGCUGGAGACCUUCCAUCAAUCUACACACGUUGUGGUGGUUGUCAGCCUCGUGGAAUUUGGCUUCGGGUUGGCAGGGUCGGCUCCUUGGGCUUCGAGGUGCGUCUGCAAAGCUCAAGACGGCUUUAAGGAUGACUCAAUAACAGCUUCCCUUUCUCACUGCCCGCUAUGAGCUCAAGCCACACCAAUCACACUCAGCCCACGGACUCCAUGCAUCGCACGCACCGUUCCGACCAUCCUUCCAGCUCCGUGCCUUCUAAUGACUGGCGGCGUGUUAUCGACAGCCCUUCUUUGAUUGUUGCUGGUCACAUCACCGUCUCCACCAUCACCACCGCGCAACUCGCCCCCAACGAAGGCGGCUGUCCUUUCCGCCCUGUCAUUAUAGUGGCUGACGGAUGGCGGCAAUCGGGCUUGAUCAUGUACGGCCCCGCUUCGUCCUCCAGAGACCGCAAUGGCAAUGUGGUCACGGCAGCUCAGCCUGUUCAUUAUCCCGUGCAUUCGACCUACGGAUGGACCCCUGUUGACUCGGAGCUCAUGACCGACUUUCUUUUGUUCUUGAAUCCCUCCGAGCACACCGAGCUUGUCGCGCGGGAAAUGGAUCCGGUUCGAGACAACCAGGGUGACAUUUGUGCAGCAUUUCUCUUUGCUCAUCUUCUCUCAUCGGCAUUGGGCAACAUGGCAAACGCGAUUCGAGACAGCGAUGGAGGCACAGGUGACUUGAGCAUGAACAGAGCGUUUUCGGAUGCGGAGCUUCGAGAAAUCCCUCUUCCUGAACGACAACAGCUUGCUAUCGCUGCCAUUCAACGCGGCGUCUCCCAACGGAAAGCUUGUUCAUUUUACCACGUCAAUCGGGCGACUGUCGCCAAUCGCAUGUCAGGAAUGAAGACUCGAACAGAGGCCCAUGCGAAGGAGCGCGCUGUGACGGCAGCAGAGGAGGCGGUUCUCGUUGAGUUUAUCAAGGCCAGUCAGACUGAGGGCUUUCGUGCAGAGCUCAAAGUUGACGGCUUGAUUCAGACACUGGGAUAUCGCGGAGUUCCGCUGACCAUGAAUAUGAUCACAGCAUAUGCGUCACGCAUUGCGGGGAAGGAUCUCGGUGAAACAUGGUGCAAGCGUUUCAAGGAGCGCCAUCCGGAGCUCAAGGUCAAGGUUGCUAGUAGCUUGGAAGAGUGCCGCGCGAAAUCUCUGACACCCAGCGUUGUUCACGCGUAUUUCAAGAUGCUGGACGAGGUCAUAUCAGAAUACAAGAUCAAGCCAAAGAAUAUAUACAACAUGGACGAAAAGGGCAUCCAACUGGGAGUCGCGGGCCGAGUUCAGGUUGUUGUCGAUCGAGACCAGAAGGCCGUCCAGACAAUUGCCAGUGGAAAUCGCGAGCUUGUGACGAUCCUCGAAUGUAUCUGCGCCACUGGAGAGGCACUGAAUCCUUCUAUCGUAUUCCAAGGGCUGCGUCGGGAUAAUGCUUGGGGGCAAGUCAAUCCCUGCAAUGCGAGUAUCUCCCUCUCUCCCAAUGGGUGGACGGAUCAGGAACUCGGAUAUCUUUGGUUGAAGAAGGAUUUCCAUCCGCAAUCCUUGCUUCGCUUGGACGACCCCGAAGACUAUCGACUGCUGAUUCUCGAUGGGCACAACAGCCACUGUCAUUGGGACUUUGUGACUUUUGCGAAGCAGCACAAGAUCAUUGUCAUCUGUCUCCCAUCUCACACAACUCAUGCGCUUCAGCCGUGUGAUGUUGGCAUUUUCGGACCGCUGGCAGCAAGAUGGAAGGCGCAAGUUCUCACGCAAACAACGGCCGCAAAUGUUAUCAACAAGCACAACUUCAUUUGGAACUAUUCUCAAGCGAGACAACUUGCUUUCAGGAAAGAGACAAUCAUCAACGCUUUUCGGAAGUGCGGAAUUCAUCCAUUGAACAAGGAGGCCAUCCCGAAAGCAAUGUUUACACCUGCUCAGAACUACACAACACAGGAGGCCCAGCCGGUUCAAGUGAGUCUUCCUCGGUUGCUCGUGCCCGUUGAGCCCUUGUCGGUAUCAUCCACCCCUUCCGACGAUCUGUCCCGAACUUCAGAUGAUCCUGGCACCUCCGAGCCACCUUCCUCCGUGACCUCCACCGAUCAGACGACGCUGUUGUCCGUGCCAGAGGAUCCCGUGAUUGCAUCUUCCGCCUCCCGAACACGAGCUGCCUCUGUGCUGUCUGCAGCUUCGACAGGAUCUGAAGGGAGCAUGCAGACUGACCCGCAAUCAUCCUCCGUUCAGUCCCAACGGUAUCGAAUCGAUCUUCCUCCCAUUCUACCCUCCAAUGCGUCGCGCGAUAGAAUGAAGAACCAGAUUGCAGCGCUUCGCCAGAUCGCCGAGGAGGCCGGGACGGAGUUGGAGAAAAACCAUGCUCAACUGGUCUUGAUGAAGUCUGAAAACAAGCGCCUUCGCCAGCAGUUGCACAACAAGAAGGCGAAGCCUCGUCGCGCCUACAACACCGGGGCACCGCGACUCAUGACAGGUGAUGAGAUGACUGACGCGUUAUUGCUCGAUGCACAGAAGAAGGAUAUGGCGAUCUUGCACGCGGGACUGAAGACACGACUUGCAGAGAUAAAGAAAGCCCUUGCAAAAGCGGACAAGGCAACGAAAGCUGCUGAGAAAGCGGCGGAGAAGGCUGCAAAGGCCGCGAAGCGAAGCGAAGCCACUGCUGAGCGCGGGCGCGGACGUGGCCGGGGAAGAGGGAGAGGAGGGAGAGGGAGAGGGAGAGGCGGCCGUGGCGGUGGUGGCAGAACACAGGCAGACGUUGAGAGCGAGGCGGAAACCGAGGAGGUAUCAGAGAACGAAGACGAAGACGGCAUCGAGGUCAUUAACUCUCCGGACAACGACAACGACGUCGCUGGCUCUUCGGACAGCGAGAGGGACGGUGAUGGGAACGAGCAAGACACCUCGGUGAAUGGGAAUGGAGAGCAGGACACUGAUGCGCAGACCGCCAAUAACGAGGAAGAUGACGAAGAUGAUGAGGGGGAGUUGAAAGUCGAAGGCAUCAACGGGCAUCGAUGGUUUGAACGCAAGCAUCUUCAGUUCAUGGUGCUCUGGGAGGACGGGGAGGCGACGUGGGAAUCACUGGAAACGGUCGACGACACCGUUGCCAUGGACCAAUACCUCGUCCGCUACGAUCUUGAGGACCCUCUCCAGCUUCCCGCGCGAAAGAAUGUGAUAGACAAGGCCCUCAAGGCCACGAAUGAAUGA